UGAAACAUGUUAUCAAAUUGAAAUUUCACACAUCUUCUUUAUCUUUCAAACCGCCCCUCCUUGGUAAUAAGUAGAGCCCUCAAAUUUCAAGUAAUGAUUCCAGUUUCAAUAUUUUUACUCACUCAAUAUCUUUUCUGGAACGGCUGGAAAAUAGAAGUACGAAAAGUAAUGUGACAAAUUUUAAAUUUUUGUUAAUAUGCAUCCGACUGCAUCUUUCGAAGAAAACAAUCCUACCAAUAGUUUUCAGCAUUGCACAUUAUUGCUUUAUAAAUUCCCUAAGUUAUUUGUUGAGUCUAAGUCAUUUUAUAUAAGAGAACCUUACUAAAACAUGAGAGAACAAAAGUUGGAAGAGACAAAGUUUAUAACGUUACUAAGCAAUUUCGGAACAAGGGCAAAUAUUGCACUGAGUUUUAAUUUUACACUCAAAAGGGGGAGUGUAAUUGAUCAGUUUCAUAUUGCCUUCUGUUUUGUUGGAAUGCCAAGUUUUUCAAUAUCAUUUUUGAGUGCAAUAAUGUCACGUCAAACAAUUUAUAGUGCUCCAUCUAUUUCUACUUCUUGUUUCUGGCAUCAAAUUCUUUAAAAUCUGUAUUUCUCAUCCAAAUUAUCCACCAACAUAUAAGAUUAUCGCUAAUUAAGAACACUGGUUGUUUGUAACAAGUCGAUGUUACAUGAACGCUUCUCCUUUUCACUGCUGAGCAUGUCUCAAUCAUCUGUCAUUUUGAAUGGGCUUCUUAAUGAAAUGUUAUUUUUUUUACAUUUUCAUUAUUCAAUUUAUAUUUUACAUAAAACUGUGAUUCCGAGUUUCAACAUUUCUUAAAUUGUUCAUUGUUUACCUUUCUACUGACAUUUUUAUAUAUGUGUGCGCGCGCACGUUUGGGUAGUGGUGUGCCGGGUGUACAUCUAUUUGGAACACCACUUCAUCAUGGCAACCUCAUGACUACAUUAAAAUACACACACACACACAAUUUCUCAGUAGAGGAGUAAACCUCGAUAAAAAAUCCCCAAUGCUAAGACGUGAGUUAUCGUGUUGAAAGCAUGUAUGGCGCUAGGGUUAUAGUGCAUAUAACGAUACCGGUAAGAUAUUGGGCGAUGUCUUAUUGUAUUUUUGCCCUUGUCUCUGCAUGCGGGGCUCUGCAGGGAUGGACAUGUUACUUCCCUAGCUACUCGUGGGAACAAUUAUGAAGCCUAAUUAUCGAUUUAAUCAACAAAACCAACAAUCUUACCAACCUUCCCCCUGGGCACUCCCGGGAUAUAACAAUUCAGCCAGCCCAUGGCUGGAUUAUCAGGGAGGCGGUUACCGUCAACCCUACAAUCGCUCAAUGCAACAAAGACAAAGAAACGAAUAUGUACGAAGACCAAUGAAUAUACAUAAGUCACAAAACAGAACUAAUCAAAAUAAAAAAGGGCCACAAAAACGGAAACAAAAUGGCUCGCAAUCGAGCGCAGAUAAAGCUGGCAGUGUCAAACGUAAAAGAGAAGAAGAGGAGCCAAAAGGUAUUGAAAUGGUGAUUGUACCUGGCGAAUUUCCACCUAAAGUAAUGUCUGAUGAACAGCUAGAAAAUGUACAGUCAUUAAUUUUGCAAGAAAUUGACAACCUUGCUGAUGAGGCCUUCCAUCCACAAUUUUUAAGUUGCACCAAAAGACGAGGAAUGCUUGUAGUUUCUUGUAACAAUCAAGAUAGUGUUGAUUGGUUGAAAACUAUAGCGGAAACUUUAACACCAUGGGAAGAAGCUCACCUAAAAGUCAUUGAACCAAAAGACUUACCUCUUUACUACACUAUUCAAAUCAGGGUUCCAGAUGGUACAGAGGAACCAGAGAAAUUACUUGAACGUUUGGAGCGUCAAAAUGAGGGACUGCUGACAAAGUCCUGGCACCUUCUCAAUCAAAAAACUGAAAAAAAUUUGCAAAUGAUAUUAAUGUCUGUAGAAGAAGAUGUAAUAGAGGCUCUCAAAAAAAUUGAUUUUAAACCGUUCCUCAAUUUCUCCAGAAUUGAAAUAAGAAAGUUGGGAGUGAUGAGAAUAGGAAAGAGCUCUCCAAAACCUGAAGAGAAAAAAUCUGAGGAAGAACAAAAAUCUAAAGCCACAGAAGAAGUCAAACCUGAUACGGCUGAGACAAUGGCAGAGAAUACGGAAACGGAACCAGAAAUCAAAAAAGAUGACAGCGAGGAAGUUUCUGAAAACUAAAUUUUAUUAAUUUAAAAUCAUGAUAAGUACAAUUGCGAAGCUGCUUUUUGUAUCAGGCUCAACACAAAUUAAUUUUUUUACAUUACUGCAUAUAUUUUGUUUUUAUUCCUUACAGUUCGAUAAUAUUUCGUUAAUUUUUGUAACAAAAUUACUUCCAAGGAUGAUAACAUUAUCUCUAAUUUUUUCUACAAAAUACAAUUGAAAGGGCAUGCUACUUUUUGUUAGAGGAGUAAACCUCGAAAAUAAAUCCCCAA